ACAGCUCAUUAAAGAUUUUCUGUUCAUAGCCAAGAAUUAAACGUAAGCACGGUAGUGUAAAUAACGGGGAUAGUAAAUAAUAAACUGAUUAGUCUGCCACAACAUAAGAAGUUUUAGCAAACAACGUAACAGUUACAUUCCAAUAAAACAUUAAACUGCGAUAAAGAAAUAAAAUAUGGCUUCGGCUACGGUAAGAAAUGUGCCAUUACUGGAAGAUGACACUAUUCCCUUCGGUGAGGAAGAUGAAAUGCGCGAUCCGAGUGCAGCCGCUAAAAGAUAUGCGCAUCCCUACGUGACAUUUUUCCACCUGUUCUUCCGUGGCGCCGCAGUGGUUGUAUAUAUGUUCUGUGGCUGGUUCAGUGACUCCUUCAUAACAAGUUUCGUGUUCGUUGUGCUAUUUUUAUCGGCCGACUUUUGGACUGUUAAAAAUAUUACUGGUCGUUUAUUGGUGGGACUACGUUGGUGGAAUUACGUCGAUGACGAAGGCGUAUCACACUGGGUGUUCGAAUCCAAGCAGGGUCGUGUAAAUAAUAAUGAAGCGCGCGUAUUCUGGCUGGGUUUAAUACUCUUCCCCGUUUGUUGGGGUCUAUUUUUCGUGGUAGCACUUUUUGGCUUGAAAUUCAAAUGGCUUUUGCUGGUCAUGAUUGCACUGGCACUCAAUGGCGCUAAUUUAUUCGGUUAUGUUAAAUGUAAUUUCGGUGCAAAUAAGGAUCUCAACACGGCGGCAACGGAUUUCGUCAAGACGCAGUUAUUUAAAAAUGCCGUCGAUAUUAUGACAAAACCAAGUGCACAACCACCCACUGCGCGACCAACUAACGUCGUUUAGUUUGCACCAGGCACGAGCUGCUUGUUUCCACUAUGCUUAAUAUAUAAAUUGUGUAUAUUUAAUAUUAGUUAGUUUACUUUUUGUUGUUUUAUACACGUAUUACAUAUUUAAAAUUUUAUUUUCAACAUAAACAGCGAAGUAAAUUGCAAUAACGUGCAAAAUAUUUGUUA